AUGGGCAACAGAAAAAAUGAAAUGAUUGAAAUACCAUUUUGUACUAGCAGUGAAGAAUUAUCUGAUUAUUUGAAAUCUAAACGACAUAAAUUUAAAAUUAAAAAUUUUCAAGAAAUUACAAAUCUUCAUGAGCACGAGGGAAUCAGGAGUGCAUUCAAUGCCGUAAAACUUAAACUAUCCCCCAAUAAUGCAUACAUUUUAUUGCUAGGCAUAUCAGGUUCAGGAAAAUCUUCUACAAUAAAUUUCUUAUUUAAUAAAGAAAUUACACUCACCGGAGAUGGAAAGUCUCAAACAAAAGAAACUACCGAAUUCAAAGCAAAAAUUAAUGAUUUACGUUUAGGAAUAAAAAAUCUUGGAAUAAGUAUUAUUGACGGCCCAGGUUUAGAAGAUUCAAAAGGGGUUGAAGAAGAUGCAAAAAAUAUUUUAUGCUACAAACGGUUUUUAGAAUCACAUCCACAACUUGCCUCAGUCAGACCAAAUGUGAUUAUGAUAGUUGCAGAUCUUAAUAAUACUCGUCUUGGUGAUUCGGAAAAUGUAGAGACACCUUUUGCAAGAAUGUUAAAAGGGAUUAAAUUUGGUCUCGCUGAAAAAGUUUUAGAUCAUAAGCGGCCGUCAGUAAUUUUUGUACUGACACAUCUUAAAAGCAUUCCCCCAAAAAAAUCAAAAGAAGUUGUAUCCACUAAAACAACGUUGAUAAAAGAACUUUCAGCCAGCAUUCUAGGCAUAAUUGAUCCACCUGUUGUCACUAUUGAGAAUUAUCCAGAUGACUGGGGUUUAGAACGCAAAGAUGAUUGGUAUAUCUUAGGCAAUAAUGAAAAACAUCCGCUCAAUUUGUUUGAAGCUUUGAUUAAUCUUUGCGAAAAUUCGACUGAUCAUAUUGGUCAAGAAGCCAUUUCUUUAUAUUUUUCCAGUGCUUCUCAGAGUGAUGUUGAACCUGGUCAUAGAUUUUCUGUCAAACAAUUAACUAAAGACGACGAUAAUAUUAUAAAAUCUAUAACAACAUUAUCUGAAAUUAAAUUAGGCAUGGAUAUUUCGGGAUUAAUAAAAAUUAUAGAAGACAAAUUCUUGUUAUUACCUACAGAAAUACAAAAUGAAUUAGGAAGUAGUGUACCGGUUGAAGUUGCAAGCUUUUUUCGGGCAAAUAAAAUAACUACAGUUCAGGAAAUCCCGUAUGGUGAUGAAUUUCUGGAACUUUAUAACCAGUACCUUCGACCUUCUGCAAAUUUAUUAAAGUUUCUAAAACAAGCUCUUGAUCGGAAAACGACAGAAACUUUUGUUGAUCCAGAGUUUGAAAAUAAACAAGAUUAUAUUCGCAAAAGAUUAUUCGAUCUUGGUCUUUCUAUAGACAUACCACUUGCCUUUGUAGAUGGUAAAUUACGUCAUGGAUAUUCAAUUGGAUCGUCGACUAACAAUUCAAAUCAUGAAACAGAACAAACAUUUUUAAUUGAACGCCAUUGUUUUAAGUUUACAUUAAAUAUUGAUAAGCUUCAAUUGUCUCAAGCGUUUAAAGAUGAUAUAGAUAUUCUUCCUCCUAAAUACGACAAAAGUGAUGAAA